AUGACCAACUGUGCUGUUGGUGCUGAUGGGGCAUUGAAGGAUGCCUCCGAAAUUCAAUGGUUCAAUGAUGCGGAUGAUGACACACCAAUUACUCCUCCUCCUGCCAAAGACUCACUCGCUGUCCUUAUGCAAGGUGGAAGGCAGCCGGCAUCUAUCAAAGGUGGUACUCGACGCUCUUCUUGCCCUUUCAAGCCCUCUGCUCGUCUUCGAGCAGCUGAUAACACUUCACCUGAGUUGUCUUCAGGCACGCGCCCACGCAAACGGGCAUUAUCGAGUGCAGACGAUGCACCCAUCAAAAAAGUUGCCAUACGAGCGGCUCCUGAGGAAGAUGACUUAGACGACAACCUCAUCCCUCCCAUUGCUGAUGGAGACGACUCAUCCGCUGAUGAUUCAGAGUACACUAACAAUCUCGAUAACAAAGCUGAAGAAGCCGACGACACCAAGGAAGCAUACUGUUACGACAAACGGUCGUGCCAUGUUACUGUAACACAUACCAGAAGACCAAGUCACUCGAAGAUGCAGACCACCAGGCCCGCCAAACAUCCAGGAGGACAGAUCGCACAGCCGAUCUCCGGACCAUUUUCACAGAAGAGAAAGGGUGUCUCAACCCAGACACUGGAACACCUGAGGAUGGCUGGUGGUGCAAUAUUUGCAAGUACGGAUGCAGGGCUGCCAGCUCAUCAAUCGUUUUUCAAAGGUAGUAUUUCUACGCGCCAUACACACAUUUCAAGGAAUCCGAAGUGUCAUUUCCCGGUCUACAAGAGCCGAUGCGAGGCACAAGAUAUCGCGCUGAAUGAACGUGCUAUUCCUGCAAGUGUCCGAAACUCCAGCGAGCACCAGAAAACAUUGGAUGGGUCACUUGCCCCCAAAAUUCCUCAGUUCACGAAGGCGGGCUUGAUGGACUACAUAGUUGAGCUCAUCGUCUCCAAGGAUGAAGCCAUCCAGCUCAUCGACAAAGGGCCUUUCCAUCGCCUCUUGCAGUAUCUUUGCCCCAAUCUUUCUGAUGGUGCCAUUCCUCACCAUACGAAAACCUGUGAGGAGAUCCUCGAAAGAGCCAGACUCGCUGUCAAGACAAUCAAGGACAAGCUCGCGCACAUUGACAGCAAAAUAUCGAUGAUGUUUGACUCCUGGACAUCUCUCAUAGGCGACCCUUUCUUAUCAGUCACAGCUCAUUAUAUUGAUGCUCCCACUGACAAGCCCCAAGAGUGCUGA